CGGGUUGACAGGAACGUUCAAAGUUUACUCGGUGGAGAUGGAUCGUUAUGAACUUGAAAAGGAACCUACAGAAUUAAUUAAGAUAAUUGGAAGUCUUAAUUCAAAAUGGGACGGAAAAGCCUAUGUCGGUGAAGCUGCGACGUCAUAUACCAUAAAGAACGAUCAUGUACACACAGACGUGAGAACCUUGCGAAUUGGUCCAGAUGAUUCACUUGAAUUUGCUCUUCAAGGAGAGAAGGUCCUGGUUGUCGGUGGAUUCUUGUUUUUCAACGACUUUCAUGUCUUUUGUUGUUCUGCACAGAACUCGAGGAUCACCCUUGAUGCAACAUGUAGAGGUGGAACAAAAAUCAUGAUAAAGUUAGAUCAAGAAAAUUGUUCCAAUAUUUUGAAGAAACAAUGUCUAUUUAUGUAUAGGCAAAACUUUCAAACCAUUGAAUCGUCCAUCCAACAAAUUUCUUGCACUUUCAUAACCCUUAGCUUUCUUCUAUUCUUGUGGCUUUCUUAUGGCUUUGUACUAUAUAAUCCAUUCACAAGCCUGCUUCUGCUCCAGUAUACUUUUCCCACAUUGGAGAGUUUGUCUUAACAGUGAUUCAAGCCUCUCACGUAAACACGAGCCAGAUUUGCUUAUUGACGCGUUGCAACGCUUUUACUGUCACUGGGCUGUAUAUUCAAAUGUGGAAGACGGCAACAAGAGACUUAAUUAAGAAUUUCCACUAUCAAACGUUUUCCUGUGAAGAUGCUUGAUUUUUUUAUCUUAUCUUCAAUCACAGACAUGGAAACUUAUGGUACAACCCUGUGCUAGUCAAGUCUACAUUUCCGAGAAAGAAUUGCACUCAUUUUGAACAAAUUGAUUUUUGAGGACAUCUGGUGCGAUCACUUUUGGUUUUUCAUUCCGUUUAUA